CCGGGAAGCAGUAGCUACAACUUAGCGUGACAUUUUGCUGUUUCAUUUUUUUUCUUGUUUUUAUGAAGUGUUUCUUUCAGGAAGACACUGAGUCUUUUUCUCAUGUUUAUGACUAUGUUUACUCAGAUACCAGAGGAGAAGGAGGAGGUUCCAGACCAGCAGCGAAACUCAGUCUUUGGGAACCGUGUUGUCCGACCACAGACUCCCCACUUCCUGCCUGAGGACGCAGAGCCACAGGAGCUUGCUGAAUAUCAUUCAACAGACACACUGUGUCUGAGCAGAACUAAGCUAGAACAUGUUUCGAGAAGUAUUUUGGAAAAUAGAACACUAAAGUAUUUAUAUCUUGAAGGCAACCAGAUAUCCAGUAUCCCAGAUUCAUUGUUCAUCAGGUUGCCCAACCUGCAGUGGCUGGACCUCAGAAAUAACCAAAUUGUGUCGCUCCCUGCUGAAAUUGGCUUGCACAGGUCUCUGAAAACAUUACUGCUAGAAGGGAAUCCUAUCUCAGAACUUCCACCAGAGUUGGGAAAUGUGGUUACCCUCAAAGGCCUGAACCUGAGGAACUGUCCCAUCAGUUUUCCUCCACAAGACAUUGUGCACCAGGGUGUCCAGGGCAUCCUCCAGUACCUGAGGAGUGCGAUGGCUAAGCGACAAAUUAGCAUGAGGAAGGCCCCUCCAGAGUUGCCAUUAGUGGAGAAGCUUCAGCUGUCAGAGCUGACUGGGUCCAGUAUGGAGGAGCAGGAUGAGUCAGUGGAUGAGGGAGACCUGCAGAGGUUCAAGGAACUAAAACACAAGAUGAUCCUACUGGACAAAACUGAGCUGGGUUCAUUAGCACAGGGUGAUAAAAACCCAAAGCCACAUCUUCUUCCUAUUACCAAAAGAAAAAAGGCAACUACCAAGGCCGGCAUCAUUCCGGAGCUCCCCCUGUUUGACACUCAGCACUGGAAAAGGCCAGAAGAAAGAAGACAGGCUGCAAUGAAGGAGCUGAAAGAGAAACAGGCUAUUCUUGAGCAGAAGAGAAAAAGCCAAGAGGCUCUUCGGAACUGGCGUACACAAGCCAAGAUCACACAGGAAAAGAAAAUGUGGGAGCACAAGCAGAAGAAGAAAGAAAGACAAAAAAAGCGAGAGGAGGCAGAAGCAGAUUUAAAACCCGUUGUGGAGGACAGCAAUGAUACUAUGCAGAGGCAGACAUCCACAAUGCCCAUCAGAGAGUGUGAGGAGACCAGAUCAGCCCGUGAGCUAGAGCGGCAGAUCCGUGCCUCUGUUGAGAAGAUGCAGGAGAGACGAAGGAAUCCCAGGGGCACAACCAGUGAGCAGAUGGCAGUGGCAGAGCAAGAUGUGGAAGAGAUGAGGAAAUUACAGGCACGGCUUCUAGAGCGGAAGAGAAAUUGGGGAAGAGAUCUUGAAAAUUGUUUUACUAUAUUCACCGGAGACACUUGGCCAAGUUUCCUUGACAAGUAACAGGGAUUAUACAUCCCUUCUGUUUGAGUUUUGUGGCACUGAUUUCAUACUCAAAAGUCACUUUAAAGAUGAAUCCCUUUGUGAAUGACCAUUGUAAUUCUCAUAUCUUAAAAUAAAGAUCACGAGGCUGUUGA